GCGACGUCGCAACCAACCUUCAACGUCUAAUCAACGUUGGGUCUGCAACGUCGAUGCAACCGACGUAAAUUCAACGUCUUUUCAACGUUGCCCUCCGACAUGAAUACAACGUCGCAUCAUCGACGUCUUUUCAACGUCGUUUCCACAACGUUGUUUCAACCGACGUGAUAUCAACGUUGAUACAACGUCGAAAAAAGACGUUGUUUCAACGAUCGUAAAACCGACGUUUAUUCAACGUCGUACUGCAACGUUGAUUCAACCGACGUCUUAUCGACGUUUAUUCAACGUCACUCCCGCAACGUUGAUUCAACCGACGUCUAUUCAACGUCGCACCCGCAACGUUGAUUCAACCGACGUCUUAUCGACGUUUAUUCAACGUUGCACUGCAACGUUGAUUCAACCGACGUCUUAUCGACGUUUAUUCAACGUUGCACCAAAUUAACUUUUUACCGAGAAUCUGUUCCGUUCAAAUCUUAUUUGUUUUAGUUCGUCUCACACUGGCCUGCAAAGUUAUAUCUCAAACAGACGUUCAUAGAAGUGUUCCAAACUGUCCAACAAAAUAACGAAGCGUACUCGGUGUUUGUUAAAGAUCGUCAUAAACUAGAAAUAAAGAACGCACGUUUUACUUAAUUUUUUUGUAAUUUGUCAGCGAUUGGAUAUAUUAAUGCCGACGUUAUGUUGUUUUUCAUAUAUAUCGCUAAUUUUACUGCAGUUUUACUACUUCAAAAUAUUACCAUUUGUUUGCAACUUUACAGCCGCAUCUAUGUACUUUUUUACAUAAGAGCCGAAUGUGCAUUCAUUCUCUUAUGCUAUGUUAAAACUUUUGUGACAUAACAUCAGAGAAUGAAUGAACACAAACAUGAAAUGUACACAAAACAUUCAAUGGAUUUUUUUUCAACAGAGCGUACCAAACGUUCGAUUUAUUUUUUGUAAUAUUUAUCAGGGGGUUUUUUGUCCUCGUAUUUUGAGAGAAACAAAUAUUUCAACUUGUAUUAUGGAUGUGAGACAUUUAAAAUACAAUCCAUUUUGUCAAAUUAUAAUUUAUAAUACAAUAAUAACUGUUUAUUUACUUCGCUUUCACAUAUUUAAACCUUUACUUUGUCGCAUGUAAUAUCCCUCCUAGUCAUUGGCGGGAAACUUUCGAUGAGGAAAUUCGCGCCUAAGCCCCUAAGAAGUUCGUAUCAACUCACAAGGCGAAAAGGGCGAAGAACCACAGACGUGAGUAAAGUAUUUCUGUACAGCAUAUGCUAAUUCGUAAACUUUGCUUCGGUAGCAUUCGUAGCAGAAUCUUUUUUAUGUGCUUACAGACUCAUCCAUCAUGUCACCAGAAGUCAGACCAUUGAUACAACAUCAAAACACAACACCAACACAUACACCACCAAAUAGUUUAAAGAGGAAGCAUGUCAGUCCAGUAAGACAAACACCAUCUGGAUCACAGAAUGCAGGUGGAAGUUCUGGAAACGAUCCCUUUCCUAUGUCGACAGGAAAGUUUCAGAAGAGGGUAUUGUAUCUCCUAACCGAUAUCAGGAAUUUGUUGGGAAGACAAAAUGAAAAAGCAGCAGAGCCGGACACAGCUCAACCACAGGAGCCAUUUGAACUGCUAAAGAGUGUUCAAGAGCUAAUAGAGUUUGAGGAGACAUUAAAAGACAAGUCAAACUAUGAUAGAUUGCUAUCCCAGUUAUCAAGAGUUGGUGGCUCAAAAAUUCGCGAAAAUGUGAAAAAUGUUCUGUUAAAGUGAGUCAAAGCAUAAGUACCCCUUAGAGAAUUUAAAAUGUACUAACCUUUGUUGUGUAGUUUACAGUGGUAGUGGAAAAUCACUUUGUUGUGCCCACAUGCUUCGUUUCAUCUUCUCCAUAAAAAAAUCGUGCACGAGGUCCAAGAAUUAUUUAAUUGAAUGAAUAGUUUACGGAAUGCGGCCCCGCAGCCUAAUGGACUCGCAACUAUAUAUUAAAUGCGCUUACGAUGUCGAUUGUUUUACUUUUAUUCCACUUUCAUUAUAGAAUCAUGAAUAAUGAAGUAAUGUCGGCACUCAACAUGAAAGGGAAGGGAAAAAGUGAAAAGGUUGGGUUUGCAAGGAUGAACUUAUAUAAAGCUGUUGUCGGUUAGUAAAAAAAUCCUAUUCCUAAUAUUCAAUUUAUAUAUGUGCUUGUAAGCGUUUUAGUUUGUUGUUGUUAAUUUAUUUAUUGUCGGUUAAAAUAUGUACAAAUAAAUACAAUAGCUCUUAUUAAAGUGCUAAUCCAAACCGACAAGUUUGUAUUAAGUUUUUCCCGCCAUUUCGAGGGGUCGACGUUCAGGGGGAAAAAUACACAUUAAUCUGAGGAAAUCUAUUUGUCCAGCUGUUGUACUGUAAACUACCUCCAUCAAUAUGUGAUAAGAAUUUUGUUACGUUGUAGAAACUGUUAUCAAACAUCAAAAGAAUGCGACAGAAGGAGAAGUUCGUGCGUGUACGGCAUCAAUCCUUAAAUAUGCACCUGAUAGAUGUGGAGGAGCGGGAAGAACUAAUGCCGAAGAAAAUUAAAUCGAUUAAUUUUUAAAUAAUUUACAACUUUUAUAUCAGAGAGGAUUAUAAAUUUUUCAAGCGCCGUAAUAAAUUCUUCUAGCUUAUAUUAAUUUUGAUUGGGUGGCAGAAAAUUAGAAUGGCAAAAUGUUAAAGUGAUUUUAGCUCAACAAUUUUUAGUGUUUCUACUAGAGAUCGGACUUGUGACUAGUAAAAGUAUGGAAUAUGCAUGAGUGGGUGCUUUUUUUAAGGAAAUACAGUGCUAAUAUAAUAUUCAUUAUAUUUUUAUUGUAAUUUUCAACCUCGAUUCCUGGACUUCUUGCACCUGGUGAGGACGGUGGCUUUUCACACUUUUUAUAAAGUAUAGCAUCAUGAUCGUAUUUAUUCGCAUCUGGUAUCCUUAACAAACACCCUUGUAUUCAACUCUGACUUCAUUAAGAAAACAUACUUUUUCUCUAACCAAUGCUUGAUUAAAGACUUCGGUGCAACAGUUUUGCUUGACACUUUAGGUGAUUUGAGCAUACUAACAGGCUGCCUUAUCAGGAGGCGUGCCUGGCACAUGAAAUCGCAGCUAUAAAUUUGCAAAUACUGCACGUUUAACAACCUCGUCAUUGCUGCGUUACAUUUUUUGCAUUGGGUUGGAACGCUGGAGAUUCUCACAUAGUACCAGUUGUGAAUACUUGAAAUAUCGUUUUUAUAUUUUGUAUUAUAAAACUCCGUUAAGUUUCAUUUAGGAAGUUUUCAGCGGAGAAGUUGUAUAUACUGCCGAUGUUUAUAAUAAAAAAAUGACAUAUCGUAGAAA